ACGAGCCGCGCGUGGCGUCCGUUUGCGUUAGGACGGUUUUAUCGUUAAGCUUUAGGCUAAAGACCGCAUUUUAAAGUGUACGUGAUCGUCGUGGAACUAUAUAGUUCUAAUGUAUAAUUAUGUGAUUAAUGUGCUCUCAUUGAAAAGACCAGAGACGCACGAAAGAACAUAAAAGUUACCAUGGUGAACAGUGUUUUCUAGUGCUGGAUUGAGGUUCAGAAUGGUGUUUGAUAGUUAGUGGAAUUCUUAAUUUUCUGCACAGUGUAAUUUUUCGGAAACAAAAUUGACAGUAAAGAACGAUUGUUGGAAACUGUUCCAACUCUGUGCAAAGGGCAAAGAAAACGAGAAAUUUCAUUAGGAACCGAUGUUGUGCGGAAACAAACAAUUAGUCUUUACUCCACCGCUGAUGCUUGCACAAUGGCACAAUGGCGCUCAAACGAGCCCUAUUUAAAACCUUCGACCAGCGAAGCCGAUGCCAAGGGUCAUCGAUCCUCUCGAUCAGCUGAUCGAUGAAGUUCCCUUUUUCGCUUAUCACUUUCACGGGGCAUUGUGUUUUGGCCGAAUUGACAGCUGGCGUUAGCAGCAAAAGUGUUUCUAACAACGAUCAUUAGGCGUUUGCUCCUAGUUCGCUUCGAAAAAAGUUGCAUUUUAUGAAAACACGUAAUCCAUCCGUGAAAGGCAGACUAAAAGUAUUUAUUUACGAGAUGGAAGACGAAACAAAUGCAAAGGCAGUUCCCCUGACAACCAUUUGCCGGAUUUUGCUGCUCUGAGGCCCAAACCUCAGGAGGAUGUGAGUGUUAGAAUGGAGUGUGUGCACGAAGGAAAGUUCUGAGCGAGUUCCAGUGCAGUUAGAAGGCAGUUGUUUGGGUAGGAGAAGUCCCCAGCGAACAGAUUCCUCGUGGAGGAGCGUGUUUUCGCUGCGAGCGAGAUAAACAAAGCGAUGGCGCCUGUACGAUGGCAUGCGGUUCGCUCGCCGCUACUGGUGAUGCUCCUGGCGACCGUGCUCGGUGGGUGCUGCGCGGCGGCGACAGUGGAGGUAGCUACAGACGUCGCUGGCGAUGGUCCGCCGGCGCAGUCCCGGACAGCUCAAAGUGACAGCAGGCCGCGGCAGUUGACAGAAGGCAGCAGCGCUGCCUCGCCCGGGACCCCGGCUGGGCCGGCUCCAGCUUCAACCCCGUCAAGCUCAAUCAACGCCACUAUCAACCGUUGUCGUGAAGGCUGCUUGGAGAAGCACUUCGUUCCCGACAUGCCGUGCAGCAAAACGAGGGCCUGCUCGACGUGUUGGAGUCGCUGCUCGAGCACCGCCGCUGAGCAAACGCUCGAUCGCAGUACGCCGGAAGGCUCGGGUCGGUGUCAACUGGAGCUCACCGUCCAGCGCAUGGUCCGCAAUGAGUCGCUGGUGGUGGCGGACAUCAGCUGGGCGGGCGGGAACCGUACGAAACUGCGGUUGUGCCCGUCCACUGGCGGUCAGUGUCUCGUCACGUGGGAGGUUUCCGGCGGCGGGCUGAUGGGCAACCUGCUAACCGAGUCCACCAGCGUCCAGCUGUCGCUCUGGUCCGACACCAACUACCGGAUUCAGGUGACCUGCCGUAGCAAGCACGCCAAUUCACCGCUCGUGCGCUCGGCACCACUCACCCUCAACACUUCCGGUGCCAUCAUGCUCCAGCAGAGGGUUCCUUUGAGCUCCACCUCGACCAACAAUCCGGUGGAGAUGGACCGCCGCGACGGUGAGCUCCCGUGGCCGAACGAAAUCGCCGAAGGAGACGACGACGAGGCGCUCGCCCGGGAGCUCGACAGCUCCGGCGAGGCGCCGGACACGCCAUCAGGCAAGCUGCACGCGUGGAUGGUCGCCCGCGACGGCGAGAACACACUGGCCAUCCUCGCCCUGUUCGUGGCCGUCCUGCUGGCCCUGCUCGCGCUCCUCACCAUCGCGGCCCUCGUACGGUGGCGACCCGGCUCCGGCGACUCCACCGACCACCUCGACAAGGACGUGCUGGUCGAGAACGAGCUGAUAGUGCACACCCGCUACGGCAGCUAAUUCGGUCCAGGUAAGCCACCAAAAAUCCAACCAGGUCCCCAGUUCCGGUCCGGUCACCGGAAGUGACCAAGGCUCUCGCUUCGCGCUUCACGUACGAUCCGUUUGCAACAGUCUUCUACUUAUUACACACCCAAACCCCCUACCAGAAGGGGGGUGCAGGGUGGUCCGUUCCAGCUAGGAAGGCGACGGGCCCAACCCCAGAAACCCACCCCCCAGGAGGGGGGGCCGCGAGAACGUUAGAAAACAUGGAUGAGAGAUGGGCGGGAGGAGCAACAUCUAAAAACAAAAUAUAAUUGAAUAAAAUUGUAAUAAAUUAUGUAAAUGAUUCAAUUGCGCUAAAUU